ACGUCGGAAACGUCCACACAACCCAUCCUGGCGGCCGGGCGGGCGGAAGCGGAAUCCAACUGGCCGCCGUCCCGGGCCCGGCCAACCCCAACGACCGUGUUUCUGUUUCCCCCCGAUUUCGAUCGCAUUUUCCUUUCCAUCCCACCGUCGUGCUGGUCUGGUCGCCGCCCACGACUCUUCCCCGUCCAUAUUCACGCCACCGCCGCCCCCAUUUCUAACCAGACCAACUUGCUGACCCGAGGUGUUGGCGGAGGCGGUUGGCGAUGGAGGGAAGCAACCACGGGGGGCAAGGGCAGCCGCGGCAGCACCAGUACCACCAGUACCCGCCGCAUCCGCAUCCGCAUCAGCAGCCGGAGCCCUACCCGUACCCCUACCAGUACCAGCAGUACCCGCCGCCGUACGCCGCGCCGCCGGCGUCCCACUGCCUCGCGCCGUCGCCCACCUUCCCAGCCUACUCCCCGGCGCCGCCGCAGCAGCAGCAGUUCGCGCACCACUCCGGCCCGCUCCAGCCCUACCCUCCACCUCCAACGACGCACCAGCACCAAGCGUACCCUCCGCAUCCGCACUCGCAGCUGCAGCAUGAGUACCCGCAUGAGUACCCGCCGCAGCCGCAGCAGCACGAGUACCCGCCGCAACCGCAGCACGCGUACCCUCCGCCGCCUUCUCCCUCGCCGUACGGCUACGACCCUUCUCCGGCGUACCCCUCCCCCUACCCGAGCCCGGGGCUCUCCCCCAGCUCCAGCUUCCACCACCAGCAGCAGCCCCAUGCCCACGGUCAUGCCUCGGCCCCCGAAUCCCCCGCCGCGUCUGCGCCGCACUACCCCAUCGCCGAUGUGCUCGCAAACAUGCGCCUCUCCGACCGCGCCGACUACGCGCCGCCGGCUGUGUCCUCCCCAUCCGUCCUGCCGCCUUCUGCCUCCUUCCCGAGCAGCGGAAGUAGCCACGGCGGUCGGAUGCAGAUGGUGCCGUACGGCGCCGCCGCGGGAGGGUCGCAGCAUGGCGGCGUGAGGGCGUCGCUCAAGGUUGUGCUGCUUCACGGCAGCCUCGAUAUCUGGGUGCACGAGGCGAGGAACCUCCCCAACAAGGACAUGUUCUCCAAGAGGGUCGGAGACCUCCUCGGACCGCGCCUCACCGGCUCCGUCAGUGGCAAGAUGUCCAGCGCCUCAAUGACAAGCGACCCCUACGUCACCAUCCAGGUCUCCUACGCCACCGUUGCUCGCACCUACGUUGUUCCGAACAGCGAGAACCCGGUCUGGGCGCAGAACUUCCUCGUGCCCGUCGGGCAUGAGGCUGCUGAGGUUGAGUUUGUUGUCAAAGACAGUGACAUCUUUGGCGCUCAGCUCAUUGGCGCUGUGGCCAUCCCUGCUGAGAAGCUCCUUUCUGGGGAGAAGAUCGAGGAUGUCUUCCCCGUGCUCGAGCCCAAUGGCAAGCCGUGCGCUCGAGAUGCUGUACUGCGCCUUUCCAUACAGUACAUCCCAGUGGCUCGCCUUGCGAUGUACCACCAUGGUGUCAUUGCUGGUCCGGACUGCCUUGGAGUGCCCAAUACUUACUUCCCACUGCGCCGUGGCAUGAGGGUGACCCUUUAUCAGGAUGCACAUGUGCCGGAUGGUUGUCUACCGGAUAUAUGGCUUGAUCAUGGAUUGCGCUACCAACACGGUCAAUGCUGGCGUGACAUGUACAAUGCCAUAAGCCAAGCACGGCGGUUGAUUUACAUUGUGGGCUGGUCAGUUUUCCACACGAUCCAUCUCAUAAGGGACGAAGGUGGGAAGGUGCCGUCACUUGGGGACCUGUUGAAGAUGAAGUCCCAGGAAGGUGUUAGGGUGUUGCUGCUUGUAUGGGAUGAUCCAACAUCACGGAGUAUUCUCGGCUUUAAGAUGGAUGGAUUCAUGGGCACACGAGAUGAGGAAACACGUCGAUUUUUCAAGCACUCUUCUGUUCAAGUGUUGCUUUGCCCAAGAUCUGCUGGGAAACGUCACAGCUGGGUGAAACAACAGGAAACGGGAACCAUAUUUACUCAUCAUCAGAAAACAGUUAUUGUGGAUGCUGAUGCUGGCAAUUAUAGAAGAAAAAUAAUUGCUUUUGUUGGAGGUCUUGAUUUGUGUGGUGGGCGCUAUGAUACACCGGAGCAUCCUCUGUUUCGGACUCUUCAGACCUCGCACAAGGAGGACUAUUACAAUCCGAACUUUGCUGCAGUUGAUGCCCGUGGCCCAAGGGAACCAUGGCACGACUUGCAUUCCAGGAUUGACGGUCCAGCAGCUUAUGAUGUUCUGCAGAAUUUUGAGGAGCGUUGGUACAAGGCCUCCAAACGCCAUGGGAUUAAAAAGCUGGCAAAAUCAAAUGAUGAUGCACUUCUAAGGAUUGAACGAAUACCUGACAUUAUAAACAUUCAUGAUGCUAUAUAUUUUAGCGACAAUGACCCUGAGACAUGGCAUGUUCAGGUGUUUCGAUCUAUUGAUUCAAACUCUGCCAAGGGAUUUCCCAAGGAUCCACGAGAAGCAACCAAGAUGAAUCUUGUUUGUGGGAAGAAUGUACUAAUUGAUAUGAGCAUACAUACAGCUUAUGUUAAUGCCAUCAGGGGAGCCCAACACUUUAUUUAUAUUGAGAAUCAGUACUUCAUCGGUUCUUCAUUUAAUUGGGAUUCUAACAAAGAUAUCGGGGCUAAUAAUUUGGUACCAAUUGAAAUUGCUCUAAAAAUUGCAAACAAGAUUAAGGCGAAUGAGAGGUUUUCUGCUUACAUAGUGCUUCCUAUGUGGCCUGAGGGCAACCCAACUGGUGCUCCUACACAAAGAAUUCUUUACUGGCAGAACAAAACAAUGCAAAUGAUGUACGAGACAAUAUAUAGGGCCUUGAAAGAAGUAGGUCUUGAUGAUAUAUAUGAGCCUCAGGAUUACUUGAACUUCUUUUGUCUUGGUAAUCGUGAAGUUGAUGACAGCCCUAGCACACCAAGUACUGCAAAUAAUCCUCAGGAACAAGCUAGGAAAAAUAGGAGAUUCAUGGUUUAUGUACAUUCAAAAGGCAUGAUCGUAGAUGAUGAAUAUGUGAUUAUUGGAUCAGCUAAUAUAAACCAGAGGUCCAUGGAAGGGAUCAGAGAUACUGAGAUUGCAAUGGGAGCAUAUCAACCACAGUAUACAUGGGCAAAUAAGAUUUCUGCCCCCCGUGGACAGAUUUACGGCUACAGAAUGUCUCUCUGGGCUGAGCAUAUUGGAGCUAUCGAGGAUGGUUUUAAUCAUCCAGAGAGCCUAGAAUGCAUGAGGCGGGUUCGGCAUCUAGGUGAACAGAACUGGGAUCAGUUCAUUGCCAAUGAUGUUACUGAAAUGAGAGGCCACCUGCUGAAGUACCCUGUAAGUGUUGACCGUAAAGGCAAGGUGAAACCGUUGCCAGGUUGUACGACAUUCCCAGACAUGGGCGGAAACAUUUGUGGCUCUUUUGUUGCUAUCCAAGAAAACCUCACAAUAUGAAUAUUGAUUAUGCAAGUAUACAAUUGCUAGUUGACAUCUGGGGUGUGCUGGACAACAAAGACGGUAAUAGGCAAGUAGCACUUUCUGGUUACUGAUAACAUGGAUAGGGAGAAUUUUGCAAGUUUAUUUCCCCACGUAAUUUGUGCCUUCUUUAUUAUUUGUCUUCAUAUUCUUUGUACAUGUAUUUGGUCCCUGUAUAGAGAUAAGAGAAUGAUGCCAGAUUCUUGUGUAGGGAGCAUCACGUUUAUAGUACUCCCUCCGUUCCAUAAUUCUUGUCUCGAAUUUGUCCAAAAAUGAAUGUAUCUAUUCUUAAAAAGCGUUUAGAUACAUGUAAUAUUUCGACAAGAAUUAUGGAACGGAGGGAGUAUGUAGCAACCACCAACAAAGAGAUACAACCAUGUAAAUCUAGGAAAUGAAAUUUCUAGUGUAAAUGGAUCCUGCGUAGUAUUCUGAAGUAUUGUUUGACCUUGAUUUGUGACCGGAUUAACCGAUUUGAAGUCUGAAGUAGAGCUUUUCUUUA